AAUUCAAUUUAGAAAAAUUAAGUUUCAAAUAAUUAAUUACCUAAGUAGUUUUUAACAGCUUAAUUUGUAAGAGUAAAGGGCAUAAACGUGGAAAAGGAGGGUAAGUUGUUGAAAUUGAUCUCCCUCCCUCGCCUCUCCAACAAAUUAGGGUUUUCAAUUCUUUCUUCAAACGUCACUUCCUUUAACUUGUAAUUGUAAGUUUACUCUCAGUGUUUGUUGGUUGUGCUAAGUUAUUUUGUUGACAGAUCUUAAUUUUUAGUUUAGUUACCGUAUAUAAUUGUAAUGUAUGAUGGGAAAGCUUGUAUUUGAGAUGAUAAUUUGUAUGCUCUAAAUGAGCCCCUCGUCCAAGCUUUGUAUCUCGUGAAAGCAAGUGUGACUUGUAGUUGUGAGGGCUGUAGAAAAUAGCUAAGACGGGGUCGCUCUGUUGUGUGGCCGCAAGGCCACAUGGGUCAAACACAACCAAUAGGGAUUGGUCUAGGGCUCCACAUGAACCUUACUGGCGAGCUAAUUCGAGUUUCUCACCAACUCCAUCUGGAUGGGAUUUUCAAUUUCAAUCUGAAGGUGAAGGGUUGCCACAUGUUUCACAUGACAAUAUUCAAUUGUAUGGAUCAUCUACAUCAAACAGUAAAGAAAGCAAGAACUGGGUGAGAGGCAAUCUGCUUUAUAAUCAUCAAUAUUCAGCAUCUGAUGGGGCCGGGGAGUUUUUAAGUAGCCCUUCUGAUCUUUCACCUGGUCCUCAGUGGACUCCUCCUGCAAUACAGGAAAUCAUAAUUGAUGAUUAUGAAGCUCCAACAAGGAGAGAUUCCAUUCUUAGGCAGUGCUCUUUUACACCCACCAUUGAGGGAAUGUCAGCAAAUGUAGAUAGCAGAAGCUCCACAUCGUCUCACUCAGACAGUAGUGAGUCUGAGCUGAGAGCCAAGUCUUGUGUAUCCUCCCACUGCAACUUUUCAAGUCAUCUUUCAUUUAUGUCCAAACCUGUUUACCCCCUGUCCUUUCCAGCCCAAACUUCUGUUAGAGAAAAUACAAACUCUGCAGCUACCCUGUUGCUGGACUAUGAUGCUUCCACUCCACAAAGGGAGGCCCAUAGUUGGAGUAGUGCCAGUAGCAGCACAGAUUUUGCUGACAUGUCAGGGCCAUUUGAGGCUGAAAUUUAUAGUCGAUCAUAUAUUCAAUCAGAUGGUUUUAAAUGUGGAUUGUGUGAACGAUUUCUCUCACAGAGAUCACUUUGUAGUUCUCGUAGGAUUGUGAGAAGUGGAGACAUGCCAGUUGUUGGGGUUCUUUCAUGUCAUCAUGUUUUCCAUGGAGAAUGCUUGGAGCAAGUAACCGCAAAGACACAUAGAAGUGACCCUCCUUGUCCACUCUGUAUAGGAUUCCAAGAGGAAAAUUCCCCUGAGCAGAAAGUUUUUUCAAGGCAUAGGAAUAGUUUUUCAAGGCUUAGACCAUCUUGUGAAAAUGGCCAGUCUAGGCCUUGGGGCUGUGGACAAGUAGGAGAUUGUGUUGAAGGGGCUUUGCAUGUACCUACACAUAAUACUAUGUUGUUGGUUAACCGAAAUCGCAUUAAGAAGAACCUUUCUUUGAAGGGCAAUUCAAGCAAGGAAUUUAUAGGUAAGUUGAGGAAAACUGGCUCAUACUCUUCACAGCUGUUCGGUGGAAAUUUAUUUGACCAGGCAACAGUAGGUUGUUCUACGACAACAGUAGGCCCACGUAUGAAAAGAUGAUCCUAAUCCUGUGGAUGAUUAGGAAAGUGAAAUUGAUUCUCUUAGCUGUGAUUUUUCUACCACCGUUUUGUUGCGAUUAAGUUUUUCAGUGAGCAUGUAGUGAAAGAGAUUGGAGACCUCCUCGUGUAGAUAAUGAUUUUCCAGUAGUGCUGUGUUAAAAUUAAAUUUUGAAGUAGUCUAUUUUAUGUUUUACACUCUCUGUUCCUUUUGUGCUUGAUAAUAAUAAAUGUAAACAUUUCAAAGUUCAAGCUACGAAGUAGAGUUUUUAUCUGUCA